AUGUCCGCAGCUUCUGUUCGUUCUGGGAAUAGUAGGCUCCUGAAUUCAACGAGUAGUAUAAAGCAGGUACCAACCGGUACGAUAAAUGCAAAUAGUAGUCCCCCACCAAUACCCCCAUGGCCACAAGCGAUGGGCUCUGGUAUUCAUGGUGGUGGUGUAGCCCCACCCAUAGGAUCAAAAGUUGCCCCUCAACACCCUCCAUUGGGCUCGGCUAUAGUUCAUGGUGGCAGCGGUAGUACCCCUCCUCCGUUCUUUGCGAAGAGUGUUCCGCCCGCCGGUGGCCCCACAAAUUGGCCACCAGCUCAGCCGCCUGGACCCUUUCUAGGUGGGAAGAAGAUGAUGGCGCUAAACCAACUCCCUUUUCCACCUAAUAUGAUGAAUGUUAAGGGAGGCAAAAUCAUCGUGCAGUCGCCCCAGCUUCCAAUGCCUCAUGCACCCAGUAAGAGUGUUGGAGGUCAAAAAGGUAUAGUGUGGGCUCCUGUUUCUGGUGAUGCUCACAUGAAAAGGCCUCCUGGAAUUUUACAGCCGCCUCAUUCACAGCAACUACACACCUCUUCAGCGCUGACAACUCUGACUGACCGAGGCACAACCUCCUUAUUAGGAUUCGAUUCUCGAAAUAUGAGCGUUGAUGGGAGCAAUAGUCAAACACAGUUCCCUCCAAAAAGAUCAGGGGGGGUUUCGUUUCCACCACCUCCCAACCCUUUCCCAAAUGAUAGUGCCAGCAAAGCGGCUCAUUUGGUCUCAUCGAAUAAGGCCCCUUCUGAAGUUUCUAGUCAGUCUUCUCAUAUUGUACCCCCGUCGUUGGCACGUGGUAAAGCACAUUUUCCCUUGUCUAUUUCUGAUGAACUCGUAAUAUCAGUGCCAAAGAGAAAUGGUAUGUCUCCGGAGAGGAGUUCUAUGCAGAGCAUUGCGUCUUCUGGCCAGUCAGGCGGCAAACAGCCUGGCAGCUCAUCUAUUCCAAACCAGCCUCCCGCUGUGCCGGAAUUGGUGCCCAUGGGCCUGGAGUUAAAACCCUCGACAGCGCCAGGUGUCCGAAAAGACUCACCGGAGAUUCUUUUUCCGGUCCAAAAUCCUCAGAAGACGUUGUUACAGCAGCCUGCUGGUAGGGUUGGGACCGAUCCCGUUGUCGGCAGCAAUUCCACGGGUCUGGUACAGGGGGUGAGUGGUAGCACAGCUCCAGACGAAGGUUCCUUGGAGACCAAUCAGACCAAGGAAGAGCCGCUGCCAAAGCCACCUAUACGGAUUCGUACACAGAAACCUUCUCGUUUUGCCCAUCUUUUAAUCGAUAGUGACGACGACACUGAUGAAGAUGUACCUAGCGAAGGUAAAAACGAAAAUACCGGUGGGGAUGGAGCAGGAGCCGGAGAGGAAGCUCAUUCAGGUGCGGAUGCGUUGCCGAAUGAGGUAGUAGAAGGCCCUCUCGCAGCGGUAGCAGACGAGCUCCCGCAAACCGGAGAUGCGAUUGAUGCUAAAGAGACGGAUCAUGAAGUUGCUGUCGAGGUUGUGGCGACUGAAGGUGAGGAUAGAAUGUUGUCGACUGUUAAUGACAGCCCGCAUUUUAGAGAAUUGGAGAUUCCCGUUGAACCUAGAGAGCCUCCAGUUGUGGCAGUUGAAAGUGUAGAUCAGCCUAAGAUUUCUACUCCGGAACGCCCCCCACCUUCAAUUUCGUCAACCAGCCGCCCACCCUCGGGCUCAAAGUCUGGAAGUAAUUCAAGGGUAAGUGAUCGUCUCAGGUCUAAGAGUGCUGAUGUUUCUUCAGACUCCACAAAAGCUGGAAAGAGGAAUUUUUCAGACGCGGUGAGACCUUCAUUAGUAUCGAAACGCAAGAAUACUGUCUCAACUGUCCCUACUAGGACCAACAAGGGCAUCGCUCCGCCUCGUCGAAAGGAUCCCAAAAGGUUCAAUUCUCAGACUAAGCCUUCUGCCGUCCAUUCCUCAUCCUCCGUGUUGUCUAACAUAGAUGGUUCAGAAAACACGGUUGAGCAAAGGGAGAAAGAUACCGCAGCUGCUAAAAGCGGUCAGCCUGUUAAGCACCCCCAGAACCAGAGGAAAUCAAUAGAAAGUAGCAGAACGUCAAGUGAGAAGUUUGACGACCUAGCCGCAGAUGAGCUUGUUUCUUCUACAACCUUACUGAGCGAUGAGGGUAUCAAGGAGAAGGCUCUGAGUCGCAGGAGGUCAUCGCCCUUGUCGAACUUCAAGAGCAGCGAUUUGUACCAUCUCUAUCAUAUGUUAAAGGAGCUCGAAAGUGGAAAGGCUGCAGAACGUGUGAGUCUCGGCCGCGUUCAAAGAAAAAGUAAAACCCCACUCAACAGCUUCCACAUCAGCACUCGGUCGCGAGGCCGCACCCCCAGCAACCAUAAACAUCGGAGCAGCUUCGCUGGAAGCGAUAACAAUGAUGAUGAGAAUUGGGAGCAAAGAGGCCGUUUCUCUCACAACCGCUGGUCUGAAUAUGACAGCCACCCUCAAGGGCAGGAAACACCCCAAAGGGGUAGUUCCGAACGCCCCCCCUGGCGCUGUGGUGCAAAGGCGACCGUUUCGAACAGCUUCGCUUCGCCCUCGCCGGUGCGUCGACCCUUUGGCUAUAUUAACAUCGGUGGUGGGUUCUACGAGCGCGUGGGCUACAGUCCUUAUGCCCAGCGUCGUUUACGGCAUUCCACGUCACCGGAGGAGCCCCCGAUUUACCCUGGAGUCGACGUUCGUGACGCCCCGCGAGGGGUCCCGAAAAACGGGGAUGUGUGGCAGAUUAUGCGAGAGCAAGGUCAGGCCGCGGUGCGCGCCGCGCAGUCUGAUCCGUUGCAUCAAAGCGUCAGCUCGAGGCGUGUGGGUGCGGGUGCCGGGGAUGCGUCCUCCGUUUCCUUUUUGGACUUGCCUUCACAAGAGCAAUCCCCCAGGGAUUGGGGUAGAUUUCACCCGCUGGAUGUUAAAUUUAAUAGAGGCUCGUACGUUGAAGAGAUUCCAGUUCAGGGUCACUGCGAUUCGCCAUACCAUUACUGCACUAGUGUGCGCCCCGCACGUCAAUUGAUUUCACCCAGUCCUUUAGCUGAUGAUGUCUGCGGAUCCGCUGCUGCAGAUCCAGUGACAUAUGCCGAGCACAUCAGCAAUAGGUAUGCCUCACCUGAUCUUAUUAGGGAUGCAGGAAAAGCACUUGAUAGGUUCCUGAAAAGGGCCUCGAAGCAACAACCUCAGAGCUCCAACACGGAUUUAUGCUCUGAUGAUAAAAGGGCGGGGGAUUCUAGCAAUAAUGUACACAGCGGAGGGAAGACACAUUUACAGGGUGAAGGAUACACUAAACUCACCUCACCACUUCCUGGAAAUUCUAGGAAAAAAUCUUUGCAUUCAUAUGAGGGAGGGAGUCCUGUUAGUCUGCCGAGGGAUGGAUCCACCCAACAUCGGUGUUAUAAAGAUAGUGAUGAGGAUACGCGAAUCAAACCGUCCGGGCGAGCUCGGGGUGCGGAGGGGGAGGGCAUGCCGCUCGAGGAGAUAACUGGCGAUGAUAGAGCCCAACAUUUGCGCAACUAUCCCAGAAGCAGAAAUAAAAAAGAGUCGCGAAAUAUGGAUUAUGGAAUGAGUUCCCGUUCCUCCCUGUUGCAUUUGGAAACGGCGCGCGACGCUGCAGAAAUCGAUUCCUUUUGUCAGCCAAUGGAUAAAAUUAGACCUGAUAUGCACAUUGCUGGCCAUUGUGAUAGCAGAGAUGCUGGAGCAAAAUGCUCUAGCAGGAUCGGCGCCGCAGAGCGACAAGCCUUUUUGCAAGGAAAGCCUUCCGCCACUUCGUCGUCCUUGUUUAAACGCCCACAAAAAGGGCAUCUGGAUGCAGCAGCAUCCGUGUUAGUAGGGCAGCAUGACACCACUAGGGCUAUCGACAGCUUUAUGCAUCCGAUAGAAGUAGCGAAGGGCAGAUUCAUAUCACCAGAAGGUUCCACGGCUUUACCAGAACGAGACCUGAGAGGAAAAAAUCAUCCAGUCAAUCUUAAGGCAACUCUAAAGAAAACUUCCUCCUCGAGUACUGCAUCAAGUGCAGUCGAGCUACGCGCGAAGAGCAUUCCAGGAUCCAAGAAACGUGCUGCGUCUACUUCUGUAGCUCGAGUAACGCCCACAGCAACUGCGAAUAUCCAGCGUAGUCCAUUUUCUCAUAUUGCUUCUCGGACUACUCGUAGGAAAGGUAACUUGGGGUAUAAUAAAGUUGAGCUCUGUUCGGAAUGGGUAGACGAAGUGCUAUCUUCUGUUGUGCAUCGGAAGGGUUCUCCCAGAGCGGACGUUAGCAAGGUUGACAGCAGCUUAGGCAGAGGGUCAGCUGCUAAAGCAGCUCAAUCCACUGAUAUCCCGUUGAUCGACAUGCGCAGGGAAUUCAGACCUAUCACAUCGGAGGAUUUAGCAAAGGUCAGUCCUUCACUAGGAGGGCAUCUUUCUACGCGCUCACGCAACUCUAUGCUCAAUGGGAGGGUGGGAUCCGUAGAUGACAGCGUGUUGCGCCCGCACAUUCCUACUAUUCAUUUUAAAACCAUGAACGGGGUGCGAACGGCGCACAGCGUCUCAAACCACUCGGCCGGAAACCAAAGCCUACGCGAGAAAUCUACCUCUACAAAUGGGAACCUGCGUAAAACCUCUGAUAAGACUCGACAGGUGGUUGUGAAUGUGCCAAACGGCAUGCCUUAUGAGGCGUAUUCUACCAUAAAGGUUAAGAAUCCUCAGCAACCGUCGCCAUGGGCUCGCGCGCCGAGUGCCCGAGGGGGCGUGGCGGAGCUUCCUGGACGGCCCGCAGCGCGCCGAGUCCUGUCGAUUCCCCCUCCAACAGAGACGGAGGACAGCGAGACUCAGCGAACGACGAAGACAGGAAAUGCAGUCGCAACUUCUUCUGACAAGGUGGGGUAUCGUUUGGUUCAGGAACUCCAUCUUGAUGAGUAUCGUCGGCCGUAUAUUAUUAUAAAGGAGGUGCCUACUGGCGCACUCGCAAGGGAGCAACGACAGUCCGUGGAGAGGCUUUCAAAACCAAAACCUGUCUUUGUGAGACCUGAAGAGAGCCAAAAAUGA